AGCGCAGCCCGCACUGCGUCAUUCCCCGCAAUCCGAGGCGAGCUGUACUCACACAGAGCACACAGUUUAGAAACCGGAUUAUAAAUUAAACAGAGCGGAUUUUAACUGCUGAACUGCUGCUAAAGUUUAGAGAAGAUGGUGUUUAAGUGCCCUGGCGGGGCUGCGGUUCUGAUAAGUGCAGUUCUGUGUGUUUUCGGGCCGUGUUUGUGCGGCGGGCAGCAGCCCGUCCUCAGCCCGGAGCUCCCGGAGCCGCUGGCGGGGGGAGAGGUGGGAGAGGGCGGGGAGGCGGCGCUUCUGACCGCGGACAGGUUUCAAAUCGAGGGCCGAGCGGCUGUUUAUGGAGUCCGGCCUGAGAUCUGGGCUCCGUCCGCUGUAGUGCUGGUGGAUGGAGAAGAGCACGUUGGUUUUAUCAGACUCGAUGGAAGCUUCACAGUAAAUGAUGUCCCUUCUGGAUCAUAUGUGGUCCAGAUUGCUUCCCCUGUGUAUAAAUUUGAGCCUGUCAGAGUGGAUAUCACCAGCAAGGGGAAGAUGAGAGCUCGAAGAGUUAAUUACAUCAGGACAUCUGAGGUCCUUCAGUUGCCUUACCCGCUUCAGAUAAGAUGCACUGGACUUCACUCCUACUUUAUAGAAAGAGAAACCUGGGGGUGGUCUGAUUUCUUGAUGAAUCCCAUGGUCCUCAUGAUGGUGCUUCCUCUCGUGAUCAUCCUUCUUCUUCCAAAGGUUAUCAACACAAAUGACCCAGCAAUGAGACAGGAAAUGGAACAAUCUAUGAAUAUGCUCAACCCAAACCCCGACCUUCCAGAUGUGUCUGAGCUAAUGACCAAGUUCUUUGCUCCGCCCAAAAGCCACAGUAGCAGUAGUAGUAGUGGUAGUGGUAGUAGUAAGUCAGGAGGUGGCAGUCAGCGGGGUCACCGGGGAGGCCCGAGGAGAAGGUAGCGCUGAUCUGAGCAGGGACAUGUGUUACUUGUGCCAAUUAUUCACCAUCAUCUAAAUGAGCGCCAUUAGUCAUUUUACUAAAAAUGAUUGGAAAAAAAAAAAACAAAUGCGAUUGUUGCUACUAAUGCCUUAUACAGCUCUGGAAAAAAAUGAAGAGAGCACUUCAGUUUCUGAAUCAGUUUCUCUGAUUUUGCUAUUUAUAGGUUUAUGUUUGAGUAAAAUUAACAUUGUUGUUUUAUUCUAUAAACUACAGACAACAUUUCUCCCAAAUUCCUAAUAAGAAUAUUGUCAUUUAUUUAUUUUGCAUUUAUUUGGAGAAAAUGAGAAAUGGCUGAUAAUGCAAAGAAAACAAGUUCAUAUUCAUAAAGUUUUAAGAGUUCAGAAAUCAAUAUUUGGUGGAAUAACCCUGAUUUUUAUCACAGUUUUUUUCAUGCAUUUUGGCAUCAUGUUCUUUCUCCUCCACCAGUCUUACACACUGCUUUUGGAUAACAUUAUCCAUCCAUUUUCCUCUUAAUUAUGUUCCAGAUGUUUUUUAAUUUGGUAAAAUCGAAGACACUCAUCCUUUUUAAGUGCUCUCUUUUUAUUUUCCAGAGCUGUUUUUAGACUGCACUGAUUAAUGCAGAGUUUCUAAAGGACUACUCUGGUGUGCAUUUCUAUUUUUAAAAUAAUUUAUUUAUUUAUGUAGGAUUUAUUUAUUGACUUUGAGUAAACAAAAUCUGAUGCAUUUAUAUCAGAGCUUUAUUAAUAUUUUUCUGAGUUAAUAUAUUUAAACAGAAAAUAAAAAAACUUUUUCCAGCUGA